AUGAGGGUUUUCCAGCCUUUCAGUGAAGUGGGGGUAGGGCGAAAAGAGUUUGUGGAUUCAUCUGUAAAACUUACUGAGAAGGUGAAACUAUAAUGUAUAUAUCCAAAAAAAAGAGUGAUAAUCCAGACAUCCUGGAUGAAAAUUACUGUAACUCAUAAAGAAAAUGCAACUGUCUUACAUCCAACCUAUGACAUUCAUAGAAAAGACAAAUACAAUGGAAGAAUUUAUUUUGUAAAUGCUUCCAGUGACAAGUCCUCAUCCUUUAUCAAGAGCAUUUUGAAAGAUGAUGAUCUUUACAUUUGUUUCAUUGUAACUACCCCAGAUGGAAUAUUAAAAAAGAGAAUAGGAAUUAUUCAGGCAGAUGCUUUUGAAGUGUCUGAGAAACAAAAUAAUACCAUGUUUACCAAAGCAGGAGGAAAUGUUAUUUUUUCUUGCCUUUAUAAAAUUGGAGAUUCGGUGCAGCAAGCAACGUUGGAAAGGAUUAAAGCAAAUUGAGUAGAUAUUGUCAUUCUGUGCAACUCUUCAGGAAAGCAAAGCUUUGUUUCAGAUUUCAAAGAGCAUACACCGGUGGAUUGUUCUCAUCAGGCAAACUCCAGGAUUUUCUUUCGAAACAUUGCAGCCUCUGACUUUGCAAUGUACUGCUGUGUAGCUGCUGGAAGAAAUGAAACCUAUGUGAUGAGUUCUACUGUGUCUGCUGUUUUUGAAAAGACCUCAAGAACUUUUGAAGAAGAGGAAUCUUGGGUGAAAAGCAGUAUUAAGAGCACAGGAUUACUUGCAGAACUGAUAACAAUUCAAAAACUGCUGAUUCCAAGAGGUGGUACAGUAGAAAGAUGCAGUUUUCUUCUUGAUCUUCAUAGCAUCCAGAUGAAAAGCAGGGACUAUUUGUCCAGUCAUUGGGGGUUAUCAUAUAGCCCUUGUGAGCUGGGAGGAGCUCUGGGCCAUAGGAAACAACCAGAAGCAACUUGGGAUCACAAAUGGUUUAUUACCUAAAUAGCUGGAGGAAUUUCUCCUGCUGUUUUGCUGUUAGUUUUCCUAUUGAUCUGCAUCAUCACUGUUUUUUGCAAAAAAAAGAAGAGGAAGAGGAUCAUAGAGGCCUUAUCAAAAAUUUUGUACUCUAUUCAGACCUGGGUAAGGUCACCUGUUGAGAUGGAGUUACUCAUGUUUCAUACUGUAUAUUUAUUAAGACCUUUCUCUUCUGUAUUUGUUCUUUAUAUCCCCUGAAUCUUAUAGUAAUCUUAAAAUAUAU